CCCCUCCCACUCCUCCCGUUCGUGGCCAUCCGCCAGGCCACCCAAGCUGCACCUCGACAAUAGCCCGCCAGAGAUUAAGCUGGGCGUGGCAUGUUUGACGAGUCAUUUGCAUGACGGCAGUAUCUCUAUCUUCCAGCCUCGGCCUCAACCCAGCUCUCCGCCAUGUCGACGGCGAAGAGGAUCCCCCUCUCCGCCAGCAACCCUAAUGUGGUAAACUCGCCAAUGCGAGCCCCUUCGGGCUUCAAUGGCGCCAAGAAGGUUCGCUCGCAUGCGGAUACGAUGCGGGAGGAGCCAUAUGGCCAACCUCCACCGGCGAAGCGCCAGAUGAUCGAGCGUGGGAUUGCGUCGCCGUCACGGCCCAAGACGACCCGAACCAUCGCCCACCGAGCGGCGACGCGGGCAACGGCGAGCACUGCCACGGCACAGAAGGCGUCCGCUGCUUCCCUGUGUCAGCCGACCGACGAGGAGUUGACGAACCUGCGGACGUGGCAGACCCAAAUCCGCUCUCGUUUUCCCAAGAUGGUGUUCUAUUUCGAGGGCAUCUCCGACGAACAGCGGUCCAAGCUCGCGAAACAAAUUGGCCGCUUAGGUGCUCACGAAGAGAAGUUCUUCUCUAUCAACAUCACGCACAUCGUCACGAACCGGUCAGUCCCGCCAGAGAAACCGAGAGGCGAACGCGAGGAAGACCCGGAUGCCCAGGGCGACAACGAGCAUCCCAAGACCAUCGACCCUUCGCUCCUCAACCGAACCGCGGAUCCAACGAGGCGAAAGUUGGUAUACGACACCCCGGCCGGCCGAAAGCCCAAAACACGCAGCACGGAUGUUCUAGACCGCGCUCGUGACAUGGGCAAAAGGAUAUGGUCACUGGAGAAGCUGAACAAGAUUCUGGAACUUGCGUUGACCCCGAACGAGCAUGUGAGUGGUACGCGGAGCCACGGCACAACGCAGGGCACCAGCAGGGCAGGGAAAGGCGGGGCCGAUUUGGCUCAGCUCCUAGAUCACGAACGCGAGCAUGGCCCCUCGGACCGCGACCCCACCGUGUCGAGGAGCGAUCUGGUCAAGUUUACCGGUCCGUAUAUCUACGUGUACGACCUGGAGGAAAAGACGAAGCCCGUCAUGAUCAGAGAAUACCGGAAGGCUACCGAUCCCAAGGACCAGGACUGGCCGCAGUUCCGGGUCACGUCGCAAGGUCGAUGUCCGUUUGUCCUUGAUGAGAGUCAUGACCAUCCGGAGAAGGAGACCCGAGCUCGAACCAGGGCUGCCAAGGCCGCCGCCGCGGAAGCGGUAGAGCCGGCAGCACCGAAGCCCAAGGCGUCCGAUAUUCCACUCAAGGUCAGCACAGGCAAACGCACAUUGGCCCAGAUGGAAGAUGGGCACAAUCGAGGGGCCGCGGGCAUCCGAGCGACCGAGUCGUUCGACCGGUCUAAGAUCGCGAAUCCGCCAUCGCUAGAGUUCCGUUCCCAAAACGCCUUUAUCAGCCACGCAAAAGCGGGCCGUUUCUUGGCUGGUGAGCCCGUGGCAUCCGGCCUACAGCCGUCCAACGUCACGUCGGCGAUUCGGUCGCAAAUGAUAUCAUCCACUACUGGUGGCGUGUUGGGAGCGAAGGCCGGGACGAGCAAGGAGAUCCACGGACUUCAGCGGAAGGUUGUCAUAUCCCAGGAUCCAAGCUCUCGCCGUAUGGCCGAGAUGAGCCACGACAACAACACAUUUGUCCGGUCAGCCAGCCUCAGCCAAGCAAUCCAGCGGAAACUCGACCCAGUCCACGAGGACGGGAUAUCGAGACAGAGAGAGAAGCUCCGCCGGACCACCAGCGUGCCGGUGCCCCAGCUGAGAAAGCGUGAUCCUAAGCCCGGGUAUUGCGAGAAUUGUCAGGACAAGUUUCCUGAUUUUGAUGAGCAUAUCCUCUCCCGCAAACACCGCAAGUUCGCCGAAGACGACGGCAACUGGGCACAGCUCGACAGCCUCCUGUCCCAACUCGCCCGCGAGCCCCGAUAUUGAGCAUCCGCUCCCAGUAAAUCGCGCUACCCAGGCGCCUCCAUCAAUAUCCCUUUUCACGAAUUGCCCACCCCUCAGCAAAAGAAACCAGCCGGUCCUCUUACCCGGCACAUUGCUUCGUUGUCAACGACUGGUGCUAUUUUGCACUUUUCUUCCUGUCUUGGCUGCCUUGCGAUCAAUCAAGUCACAACCAGCUUUCACAUCACGCCGCGGGACGCCGCAUUGAAACCGACAUCUAGCAUUUAACAUGGGGAAGUAGAGUCGAUUUUGAGUCAGAGCGAGUACAUAUUCCGACGCAUUUUUCCUGAGGGCGG